AUGAUGUUUGUGGUGAGUCUUAUUAGCAAGUAUAUGAGUAAUCCUACUAAGCCUCACAUGGAGGCAACAAAGAGAAUUUUACGAUAUCUAAGGGGAACAACCGAUUUUGGGGUGUUCUACAAGAAGGGAGGAAAAGGAGAGUUGAAUGUUUAUACAGAUAGUGACUAUGCUGGAGACCAAGAAGACAGGAAGAGCACCUCAGAUUACGUUUUCUUAUUCAGUUCAGGGGCUGUGUACCGGUCAUCAAAGAAACAACCGAUAGUAACUCUAUCUACCAUUGAGGCAGAGUUCAUUGCUGCUACCUCUUGUGCAUGUCAGGUAGUAUGGUUGAGAAGGAUUUUUGAGAUGCUUGGUAAAAAGCAAGAUAGGCCUACAAUUGUUCACUAUGAUAGUAGCUCAGCAAUCAAACUUGCAAAGAAUCCAGUGAUGCAUGGAUGCAGCAAGCAUAUAGACAUUCGUUUCCAUUUUCUUCAUGAGCUUAUAAAGGUGGGAACUGUGGAAAUGGUGCAUUGCAACAGUCAAGAACAAAUUGGAGAUGUGAUGACAAAACCUCUCAAGUUGGAUGCAUUUGUGAAGCUGCGAAGUAUGUUAGGUGUUUGUCCAGAACCUUGUGUAAACUGA